UUUUACUUUUUUCUAAUUGUAGUGCGCUCAGACAGGGGAAACCAGAGAUUGACAAUCAUUCCUUUCUUGCGGGCAACAAGAAGAUGCACUCUUCGCGACACAACUACAACUCGCCCUUCAGGCCCCCAUCAACAACCUCUAAAUUCGGAGACGAUGGCAGCUUGUCAUCCUUGUUGAGCAAGUAUAACUUGCCCCUGAGGAGUGCUUCGGAGACCACAAAGAAUGCCCAAUAUGACUACGCUAGCAAGAGAGACUACACCAACAGGACUAGUGACAACUAUUCGCCUCUCACAGUCACUUUUCUGAGCAAGUUAAAUUCAUCCUCAUGGAGCUCUCCAUUGGAGAUUACAAGGAACACUAAAUAUGACUACACAAACAGGACUAAAGACAGCUACUCUUCUCCUGGAGAGUAUAAGAGUCCAAGUUACUUGAGCAGCAAGUACAGCUCUUCCUCAAGGAGCUCUUUACUGAGAAAAGAUGACCUCUAUUCCUCUCCUGGAAACACGAGCUCCUACAUGAGUAAAUACAACUCACCCACACCGAGCACCUUAUUGGACACCACAAAGACCACAAAAUAUGAAUCCCGAAACACUAGGAGAAGAGAUAGUGAUCGCUAUUCUCCUCCUAGAGACAGGAGCCUAAGCUCCUCCAUGAAUAAGUACGGCUCACCCACAAGGAGCGCCUUAUUGGACACUACAAAGACCACAAAAUAUGAAUCCCAAAACAGGAAUAAAGAUAUUGACUACUCCUCUCCUGGAGACAGGAGUCUAAACUCCUUCAUGAAUAAGUACGGUUCACCCACAAGUAACGGCUCACCCAGAAGGAGCUCCUUAUUGGACACUACAACGAGCACAAAAUAUGAAUCCAAAAAAAGGAAUAAAGAUAUUGACUACUCCCCUCCUGGUGACAUGAGUAUAGGCUCCUUGAUGAAUAAGUACGGCUCACCCAGAAGGAGCUCCUUAUUGGAAAUUACAACGAGCACCAAAUACAGUGAUUCCCCUCCUGGUGAGAUGAGUAUAGACGCCUUGAUGGAGAAGUACCGCACACCCACAAGGAGCUCAAAAUAUGCCUCCCAACAUGGGGACGAGAUACAGGCCUUGAUGACGAAGUACUCCACACCUUCAUCUUUUUCCCCACCCACUUAUUUCUCAUCCAAUACCUCUCCCUUAUUGAGCACUUCAUUGGAGGCUACAACCAGCUAUAAUGAAUACAAACAAAAGGGUGGUUACCUCUCCACUCUUGGAGAUCCAAUGGUAGCUAACUUCACACCCUGGUGGAUCAUUUCUAAAAAGGAUUUCCCUGAAAUAAACAAACUCAUCUGGGAGAAUGAUGUCGACACUCUGAAGGAACUUCUGGAAACAGCCGACUUAAAAUCUGUGACUCAAGAAAGUGCGGAAGGCUGCAUACAUUUGCACGAGGCUGCAUACUAUGGCUUUUUGGAUUGUCUGAAGCUACUUGUUGCAGCCUUCCCUGAGAUGCUCAACAGGCGAACUGUGCAUAAGCAAACGCCCCUAUUAUUAGCUGUCCAUCGUAAGCAAGUGGACUGUGUAGAGUGUCUUCUCCGGGCGGGGGCAGAUCCCAACUUGGCUGACAAACAUGAAGAAACGCCUAUCUAUGUCGCUUGUAUGAAAGAUUGUGAACAAAUAGUUGAACUCCUACUGAGAUUUGGAGCCAGCCCUACCAGGACGACUCUGAAUGGGCUGACGCCACUGCACGAGGCCGCGGCCUACCGGAACCUGACCAUCGUCCAGCGGUUGGUGAGAGCCAAAGCCCAGGUGAAUGCUAGAAGCCGUUGGGGAAUUGAGCCUGUGUUCACCGCAGCCCAGGGAGGGUGCCCAGAAGUGUUGAGCUGCCUAAUUCAUCACGGUGCAAAUGUUAACGCGAGUGCCAGUGAUGGAGCAACACCUUUGUUUGAAGCAGCCAGAUGGGGCCAUGAGGAAGUUGUGGAGAUACUCCUGGCACAUGGCGCAGACGCCAACCUCCUCAAUGUCACAGGACUAACUCCUCUUCACAUCGCUGCCAAGAAUGGCCAUGAGAGGGUCGUGGCCUUGUUGAUUUCAGCCACCGAGUUGAGAAGUAUAAAUGAAAGCGGCAUCAGUCCCAUCCACCUUGCAGCCGAGUGCGACAGGGAGGACAUUUUGGAGAUCCUUAUCCAGGCACAGUUGGACGUCAACGCCACGCUGUCCCCGGCGUACUCCUUGAAGUACGAAGACCGCCGGAGCACCGCACUCAUUUUCGCCGUGCGUCAAGACAACUGGGAGGCCGUGUCCAUGCUGCUCGAGGCUGGCGCAGACCCCAAUCUGGACGUCUUCAACCCUCUCUUCUUCGCUCUGAGCAGCGGAGACCGAGACAUGGUGUCACUGCUGCUUGAGUACGGCGCCAACGUGAACGCCACCGUGCCGACGCACGCCACCGUCUUUCCCGGAGCGCUCCUCUUCGUCAUGAACCACCUCGCCAUGAUGAAGCUCCUGCUGGACCACGGGUGCGACGCGGCGUCCUGUUUUGAGUGCGUCUACGGAGAUCUCCCACAUCCCCCCGUGAAGAGAAACCGCACGUCGGGCUACAGCCUCCACUUACACGGCCCUGAGGCUCCACAUGAGACAGCAGUGCAGUUCUGUGAGACGCUGGCUGAUCCCUAUAACACUCCAUGGGCCGGCCCGAUCAUCGAGCUCCUCCUCGAAUACACGGGCAAAGUUAAGCUCUGCUCCCGCCUCAUUGAAAUUCUGGACACCAACAAGGACUGGGCACACAUCAAGGAAAAAACAAAGCCGCUCCACUCCCUAAUGCACCUGAGCCGCCUGAGGAUCCAUGAGCUGGUUGGUCGCCACCGGAUAAGGCAUAUGCACACACUACCCCUUCCUGAGAGACUCAUCAAGUUCCUCUUGUACGACAAUAGUGAGGCAGAGGACUUCAUCAAUUAUGGAUUUGACUGAUUUUCCCCCCCACAUUUGUGUUACAUUUUUAACAUUGGUUUUAAGUAAUGUAUUAGUAUUGUUUUAUUUAUUUUGAUCGUGAUAUCAUGUGCAGAAAAAAGUAAUAGAAUAUUAAUUGAUGACAGCCAUGUGAUGCCAUGUUUCAGAAGUUGUAUAGAUAAUUUUUAGACAAAAAUUGAAAAGAUUAGAUGUAAAAUAUUCUUCAUCUUUUUAAGUACAUUGUGACGUGGUAUAAUUAGAUUGACAGGGUCAGGGUAAUUUAAAGUGUUGUGACAAAGAUUUGCUAAUGUACAGAGAUACUGUAGUGUAUAGCAAAAUACUGCAGGGUUGUCAAACUCAAAUUCACAAUGGGUCAAAAUCUAAAUCUGGGACAAAGUCAUGGGCUGAACCCAAUAUUUAUUAAAUAAAAAAUUGGGCAAAAUUGUGCAAGCACGCACUUAAUACUUAGAGACAAAUUUCACAAGCACUCCCAUCAUAUAUUGUUGUUGAAAUGUGAAUGUGCAUAUCCUGUUGUAUAUGGAGGUGAGCUAUCACACUGUCCUCUGCCCACUCAUAUGCCUGUGAGACACUACAUUUUGUUAAUUAAAGUCGUGUUACUAUAUGGAAUAUGUGGGCCUACUAUAAUAGACAUCUGAAAUGAUCUCACAGGCCAAAUUAAAUGAGCCCGCAGGUCAGAUUUGGCCCCCGGCCUGAGUUUGGCAUUCCUGAUGUAGGCCUACUGCAUAUCGUAUCUAAACAAAAAAGGAGGUCAAUGACUCAAGUCUUCUCUAUUGCCAUAUAUGAUUUGGUCACAGUCUAACUUAUGGGUUUGAUGUUUGAUGCAUUUUUUAAGGCUUUUUGUAAGUAUGGCAGCAAGGUAAUAAAGAUGAUAAACUCUGUGAUAAAA